ACGAGUAACCGUAAAUUCACGACCCAGACCAAGCCAAAAGUCCACCACGCGAGGUAAACAAAAACAAACAGCCCAGCACGGCCCCUCAUUUUUUGGUGAUUUAAAGGACAGGACGAAGUAACACUAUAACCAUCCGUCGCCCAUCCAGUAGGAGCCACACACAGGAUAAUCAAAUAGUCUGUGCCAGUGUACAUUGCGAAAUCAGUUUCCAGCCAACAAUUUUAGUCUUUUCUGUGGAUGUGUCAUAUGCACAAUUGUUGGAAAGAUGACAUCCUUGAGGCAGACAACACGGAAGUAUCUGCUGUGGUGUGCCAAUGAACACAUUGAGUUUAGGAUUCCUGAAAUCAAGUCCAUCUCAUCCAUGUUUGAUAUCCCUAUCAAUUGGAUAGACAAACCAAAGGAAGAUCCAUAUUUAAUUGUUGAGAUGAGGGAUGAAAGAGAUGCACGAAAACUCAUGUCCCGGUGCAUGCUGGUGCGCUCCUGCUAUGAGCUCUGGGGCCAAGGCACUACAGAGACAGAGCUCCAUUCCAGUGUCAGGUCUUUUCCACAGGACUUGAUCAAGCCUCAUCUUGCCCCAGAGAAGAGCUUCAAAGUUCGUGUUGAGACAUUUAACAAAACCCUUAAAAACUGUGAAAAACUGAAGAAAAUAGAGUCCCUGAGUUACUUACCAUUUGAAGGGAAAGUGGACCUGAAAAAUGCCAGCACUUGCCUCCACUUCCUGGAGUACUAUGGCUUGCACCCUAAUGAGAUCCCCGACACGCCAUACAAGCUGUUCCUGGGAAGAUGGGUGGUGGAUGGCCAGAGGGAGCUCAUAAAUAAAUUUUCCCUGAAGAAUAGAACCUACAUUGGCAGCACCUCAAUGGAUGCUCAGCUCUCCUUCAUCAUGGCCAACUGUGCCCAAGUCCAACCAGGAGACACAGUUGUAGAUCCAUUUGUAGGAACAGGAUCAGUGUUAGUGGCAGCAGCACAGUUUGGGGCCCAUGUCUGGGGGUGGGACAUUGACUUCCUCACACUCCAUGCACGCACCAAGCCCACCCGGCACAGCCAGAAGAAAAGAACAUCCCAGGAAUCUAUCCUGAGUAACUUGGAACAGUAUGGGUUGAAACACAAAUACUUGGACGUUGUGGUAAUGGAUAAUGCUCGGCCCUUUUGGAGAGAAGUUGCAUAUGUUGAUGCUAUCAUCACUGAUCCUCCCUAUGGUAUCCGUGAGUCAACAGAGCGUGUCGGGACCCUGAAGGAAUCUAAGAGCAGUGAAGAUGAGGCCAAACAGCUGUCCUCCUCCCACCACUUUCCCUCAAAAAUCACAUACAGUCUUUCUGAUAUCUACAGAGACUUGAUCAAUUUUGCCGUGUGCCAUCUUGCAGUGGGUGGUCGGCUAGUGUUUUGGCUUCCAGUGUUCAGGGAAGACUAUGAUGAAAGUCACAUACCGAGUCACCCGUGUUUAGAAUUAGCACAUAACUGUGAACAAGUCCUGACGGUGCACUCAAGCAGACGCCUUGUGACACUCAUCAAAACUAGGCAUCCAGAGGCUGGAGAGAUUACCAAGAGUCUAGUUACUGACUUGACUGCAAAGUUCCGAGACAAGUUCUUCCAAGCAACACUUCUGACCAAGGAAGAGCGAGCCUCCAUGAAGAGCCUGUUUCCACGAGACAAGCGGGGGCAAGGCUUGGGGUACCGCCUCGAAGAUGGUAAAAGUAGGUCAAAGGUUAUUAAGAUGGAUGGAGUUUUGGAUAGUGAAUCUUCAGGUGUAAUUGAAGAACAGUAUUCAGAGGCAUUAAGCACUGUAGAAAAUAUGCAGGGAUAUGCAGGUGAGAAUUAAUUAGGUAGAUGAGUCUUGAAAAAAAUAUUUAUGGAAUUGCCUGAAUAACUGAUUUUAUAGAACAAUGAAUUUUUUAUUUUAUAGAAGUAAAUAUUUUAUACAUUUUAACACAGUUGACUACUGAGAAGUUGGUUUGUCCUGCUUGCAAACUUGCAAUUAUGUAAUAAAACCAGUGGAUUUAG